AUUUAUGGACGGCCCCUUAGAUCAAAACGAGAAAACAUUCCUGCAGGCACUCCCAGCCGCUCUCAGGACGCCUAAAGUGGCCCGCGGCGUCAUCAAGCGGAGGGCCCUAGCCUACCUUCGCGCAUGCGCAGUGGUGCCACAGGCUCGUGGCGCCACCACGUGGGAGCCGCCUGCACGAAGUUGGGAAUCGAACCGGGGACGUGCGGAGAUUCAGCGCCGUGAAUUGACAACAACCACACCACCACCACACCCCCUGAACGCUUCAGCCAUGGCAAAGUCGAGCAAGCACAAGGUGGCCGAGGAGGGGCAGGCGGAGCCCGCCGCGGGCCCAGUGGAGAAGUCGUACGAGGAGCUGGUGGCGAACGUGAGCGUGAUCGCGAACCCGCUCGCCUCGCGCAAACUCACAAAGAGGCUCUACAAGACCAUCAAGAAGGCAUCCAAGCAGAAGAUGCUGAGGAGGGGUGUGAAGGAGGUGCAGAAAUUCCUGAAAAAGGGCGAGAAAGGAAUCGUUGUGCUGGCCGGAGACACGCAACCGGUGGAAGUGAUUUGCCACAUCCCCAUCAUGUGCGAGGAUCAGAACCUGCCGUACUGCUACGUCCCGGCCAAGGCGGACCUGGGCGGAGCGGCGGGAUCGAAGCGCGCCACUUGCGUCAUCCUGGUGAAGGCGCACGAGGAUUACCAGGAGGCCUAUGACGACUGCUUCGCUGACGUGAAGGCCCUGCCGCUGCCCGUGUGAAGAAGACGACGACUCGCGCUCGUUACUCCAAGGGACGAUUCAACGAAUUGUCUUGACUCCGGGAACCGUGAUCCGCAGUCGAUUCCACAAUUCAUUCAUGGUCUCGUGCCAUUUCUUCUUCUUUGUACUGUUUGACGUUAGCUUAAUGUAACAUUGGCACACGAUGUUCGUAAUUGAUCAAUUUGUUACUUGUGAUUAGACGAUUGCAUUACGAGUCCGAGGAUGUCAUGUAAUUGAUGCAUCGUUACAUGCCACCGGAUGCAAACCAGACACGUUUAUGUCAAAGAUUAAUUUAUUAAAAUCAGCUAUUCCACUCAACAUGCUUUGUCAUGCACAUACGAAAUUGCAAACAUUACCGUUAUGCUGAUAAUACCAAUGGAUUAGUAUACAUAUAACAAAGGAGAUACUGCUGAGACAAAAAGAUGUUAGAGUUGUGCCACCAAUUUUCAAAAGUUAAUUGAACCGCAGUUGGGAGGACUGGAGAAAGGGGUGUGUAUGUAUGUUGAACUUCUUUCCCACCAUACGUAGCCAACCAAGCUGAUCGGAGGUGCAGCACGUGUCCCAUUGCCUCGUAUGCCUUCGUGUGAAGGGAGACGUGACCCAUAAAACUAACGCGUGUGAUGGUGCUCCCCACAUCAACAGAUUCAUAUUUUUUUGGGAUACAUUUUGUUUAUUAGUCGAGGCAUUAAUCACGAAUGAUGUCGAAGCGUUCAGCUGCCCUUUGAAAGAAGACUGACACGGUGGUUAAUCUGUUAUUGUGAAGUUUUGUGUUUUCAUAAGACUUGGUAUCUUUUUUUUUCUUUUACGUCUAUCAAAAGUGUGAUAUCGUUUUGUGAAAAGGAAAGAUGGGAAGGUAGAUAUUUAAAUUUGUGUCAUUGCUUUGACAGCUCCCAGGUAGGUUAUUUUUUUUGUAUUUAGGUGAAAAAAUUUGGCUGUGAGCAUGUUUUUAGUAAAUUGAAUGUAUGAAAAAAAGAAACAAAAAAAUCCUUCCAUACCACAUUUACAUGUAUCGUUUUAUUACAGACAUUUUACAAAUUAUUAAAACUAGUUUUGAAGAAAAGGUUAUAAA